GCGCUACUCGGUAGUCCCAGAUGUAACUCAUUCGAAACGUUACUCUAAUAACUUAUAGUUUUAUUUAUCAGACUGUCUUGAUCUCAUGCUAGCUUUAUUUCUGGUUUCUGUAUAUUGAUUCCUCUACUGAAUAUAUUCUCAUACGCUGCUCUUCACACACCCCCAUCACACAAGGUACCUCUUGGCUAUACUAAAACCAACCAAAGGCUGAAGUUGCGCGGACUUGAUUGACAUCUCGAGUGCGUAUUUCUUCCUUUCUUCGCAUUAAUGGGGUAGGCUAAAAUAAUUGGUGUAUGCAGUUAUAAAUAUAUCGCACUUCUAGUAAUUAAUACUGAACUAUAACAUUAUCAAAAAUGAAUGUACCAAGAAACGAGAAAGUUCAACUAACAGUAUACGAAGCAGAUGUUGUUAAAUUAAUUUUGGAAUUCUUGGAAAAGCGUGAUCUAGCCAUCUCUAUGUUGGCCCUAGAACGAGAAACUGGACAAGUAAACGGACCGUUCAAUGAAGAUAUACUAUUCUUUCGUCAAUUAAUUUUGGAAGGUUAUUGGGACGAUGCUCUUGACUACCUGGAACCAUUACGAGGUCCACCUGUUGAAUUAGAUCUUAGAAAGCCUCGAUUUUUAUUGCUAAAAUACAAGUAUCUAGAAUUAUUAUGUCUGCGUGAUCUAAGUAAUUUUGAUGGGAAUAAUCCAACUAAUGGGACCGCUGGUGUUAAUACCAAUGAAAAUGAUAUAGACCAUAGUGUUGAACAGGUUGUUGAUUGCUUGAAACAGUUAGAACCUGAAUGUGAAACUCAAGCUGAAUAUCGUGAUUUAACUCUUUUGUUAACGUUAACACGAUUAGACCAACAUCCGGAUUAUCGUGAUUGGAAUCCAAGUUUAGGCCGUUUACACUGCUUUAAUCAGAUCUAUCCACUAUUACAACCAUUUAUUCAACUCAGUAAACAUUCAUCUAGUGGUCAGUCAUCGAAUGAAGAAAAUGCUCGUGGUGAUCGACUUUUACGAUUACUUGUUAAAGGUUUACUAUACGAAGCAUGUGUAGAUUACUGUGCUCUGAUGGCUACAGAACAAAAGGCUCAAAUGCAGAUAACUGGAAUGCUUGGAGGCGAUUUAGAUGAAGAAGAAGAAACUGAACGCCUUUAUAAUCAGAGUAUUUCACACUCAACAAAAAACUCUGAAACAAAUCAACGUGCACAUACUCAUUCUGCAAGUCACUGUCGUCAACCUGUUGCACCGGAUCUAUCAUUAAAUUCAUGGCUUCAAUCAUUGAAACCAGUUAAUUUUAGUCAACCAUUUCAAUCAUAUGAAUUAGAUUUGAAAGUUCAACCAAUUAAUCGACCAACACUUGAAUCUAGUUUAUGGCCAGAACAUAUAUUAACUCAACCUACAGUGAAACCACUUGUGUUUCCUUAUACUCAUAUACCGGAAUCAAGCGGUAUAAUGGGAUCAAGUAUUCAACAUUCAAUACAUAAUCCAGCUUUGAAAAGAGGUCAUCUUCGAGGACCUGGUGGUGAAUUAAUGCGAAGUCUUAUUCCUGCAUAUGAAGGACUUCCUAGUGGUCUUUUACGUACGGAUCCAUCUUCAUUACAAAAUGAUCAACUUAACAGAAAUGAUGAUAGUAAUCUUAAUAUUAUCAGUUCAGGUUUACGUCCAGUCAUUCGAAGCGCGGGUCUACCUAAUUUAUCUCGACGUGGUCCUCGUCUAAUGACUCAUUCCUUAUCUGGAUUUCGUCUUCCACCUAAUCCAAAUUUACAAUUUUUAAAUCAUCAGUCUAGCUCCAACCAAACAGUAGCAACUAAAAAUGCACAAGAUGACAAUAUCGUAUUAGGGAGUAAAGUGCAGAAUAAUUCAGCUGAUCAAAACAAUACUGAAAAUGCUAAUUUAGAAUCAACCGCCAUUAGUACAAGUAUGCAAGCUUCAGUAGAUCGGUUAUUUUUAUUACGUGGUCAAAUAUCAACUAGUUCAACCGAUAUGAAUAAUUCUACGACCGAUCAUCAUGAACGUAACAUAUGCACAACUUUGCGAAAUUCAAUGUUAUCGACUCGUCCUACUACUGUAACCGGUGGUCAAAUGCAAUCAAUUACAGAAGAACCACCUCAAUCAUCAUUUGAUCCGGUUAAUAAUGAUCGAUCAGGGACAAAACAACUUGUCAAUAGUGAUGAUACUAUUAGUCCUCGAAAAUCUCUAUCAUCUUCAUCACCAGUUAAUAGAACAAUGUCUGGUAGUCUAUCACCAAAAGAAAUGGUUACAUCAAUGCAAAGUUCAAUUAUUAUCGAUAUAGAAGAUAAAGAUAAUCAUAAACUCGGUUCACAUGCUGGCGAUUUAUUGCAUGAAUUUCAAAAACGUCGUCUUGAUAGAGAAAAUUCUCAAGUGCUCAGUUCUACUACUACUAAUAAUGAUGAUCAAUCGUGUUCAGCCGCAUCUCCUAUUAUUAGUCAAGCUACAAAAAGUCCUACUCAGGAUGUAACACUACCUGAAACUGUUGAACCUGGUGUAAAUGAGAAACCAUCUGUUGCUGGUUCCUCGCCACAACCACAUCCACAUGAUGCUGACAUGGAUAAAUCAAAUAAACUUAAUGGUGAAGUAUCGGACACCGCUGAUGUCACUCCUCAAACUCCACGUUACAUACCUGUAACAGUUUUAGAAGAUAGUCAACCAAUACGUUGUGUUGCAUUUCAUCCAUCUGGACGAUUAUAUGCUGUUGGUUCGAAUAGUAAAUUUUUACGUGUAUGCCAGUAUCCUGAUGUACAGCAUCUCAGUGCUAAACAUAUAGCUACUUCUCCAAUAGUUUUAAUGAGACGUCAAAAAUAUCACCGAGGUAGUAUAUAUUGUGUUGCAUGGAGUCCAGAUGGUCGACUUAUUGCAACAGGAAGUAACGAUACUACAAUUCGUCUACUUCAAAUGGAUCCAACUACUGGGAUACCAGAGGCUGCUCUUGGUGAUCCAGAAAUAGCAAGUACCGCUGGACAAGCCAUAGAAUUACGAUACCAUGAUAGUACAAUACGAGAUAUUGCAUUUCUAUUAGGAAGUUAUCCAUCUUCAGAUACAACUACAACUACACCAAGUAGUCAUUUAUUAAGUGCUGGUGCUGGUGACUGUCGUAUUUAUCUUGUUGAUUGUAAUCGGGCGCAAACAUUUGAUCCAUCCACACCGAAAUCCACUCCGCCUAAUUAUGUUGUACGUUCAUUGUCUGGACAUACAGCUGCAGUUUAUUCAUUAUCUGUAUGGAGUCCGGGGUCAUUGUUUGUUUCUGGUAGUGCAGAUGCUACUGCACGUUUGUGGGAUUUACGAGCACCAGCGCCGGUACUAAUUGUCCCGUCUUAUUCAGGUUCACAAGGCAGUGCAUUUGCUUCAGUCACCGUUGAACCUAGUUGUAAUCUAUUGGCUAGUGGACAUGAAGAUUCAACAAUAUCAUUAUUUGAUUUACGCGGUGCUCGUUAUAUCAAUGCGUAUAGACCACAUUCAAAUGAAGUGCGUAGUGUACGCUUCUCACCAACUGCUUAUUACUUACUAUCAGCUAGUUACGACAAACGUGUUAUUUUAACGGAUUUUCAUGGUGAUUUAUCUAAACCAUUGCCUUGUGUUCAAUUGGCUGAGCAUACGGAUAAAAUUAUACAAGCACGUUGGCAUCCAAAUCAAUUAUCAUUUAUUACCUCAAGUGCAGAUAAAAGUGUCAUUUCAUGGGCAUUACCCACUGAGUUGUGAUAUAUAUAUUACAUAUAUAUGCUUCCAAUGACUAUAUUAGUGCUAGGACACAAUCAUUCGUUUCUCUCUCUCUCUCUAAUACAUGAUUUUUAUUCAUUGUUCCACAUGCUUUCGUAUAUAAAGUAUUAUAUGCACGCUUAUUCAGUGUUCAUACUUGUUUGCCUAUUUACAUUCGGAUCAAUUUGUAGUCAAACUUGAAUCGUUUAUUCUAUUGCGUAUGCCCGGAAUUGUGUAUAGUGCAAUAGUACAAUUGAUAUCCUGGUGAAAUUUAUGAAUCCUAUGUUUUGUAAACGAUGUAUCAAGUUGUACUACUCGUUGAAAAUGAGUUCAUCCUCAGUUUGCCGCUGUAUUCUUCUUUUUUUAAUGUGCAUGUUUCGGCUUGCUUUCCAAUGUGCAUGUUUGAUUGACUUAUCAGCUUUACUUCUCAAUAUAUAUAUAUAUAUAUAUAUA